CAGACCUUCACCAAAAGGAGGGAAAAAUAUCCAAUUUUCAUCGCAAAAUUAGCUAGGGCGAGAGCAAAGGGCUGAGCUAAUUGUAGCCUAAUCCUCUGCCCUGCAGGCGUUUGCAAAGCCCUGAGCAAGAAUUCGCUUUUUUUCCUCCUCUUCUCCCUUCCCUCUGUUAUUUAGAGACGGGAUUAUUGCCUUUCUUCUCAUAACAGCCUCGGCAGUUUCAUUUAAAGGCUUUUUUUCCCCCCUCUCACACACACACAUACACACACACGCACAAAAUAAAUAGAAAAAGAAGCAGCAAAAACAGGGGAAGAGCGAGGAGACAGAGAAGCUUUAAAAAUAAUAAUAAUCACAGCAGGAUCUGCGGAGCAAAGAUAGUAAUAAAAGCAAAAAGCUGAGCCCAUCCACACACAGCCCCGGCAGAGCCCAAAGCCAAAGGGGGGCUCGCAGAUCUCUUCUGUGCUCAAGGAGGGAAGAAGCAUGUCCCGUCUGUCUCUGACACGCUCCCCGGUUUCUCCUCUGGCUGCUCAAGGAAUUCCUCUCCCAGCUCAACUCACCAAGUCCAACGCUCCCGUGCACAUCGAUGUAGGAGGACACAUGUACACCAGCAGCCUGGCUACCCUGACCAAGUACCCAGACUCCAGAAUAAGUCGUCUGUUUAAUGGCACAGAGCCUAUUGUCUUGGACAGUUUAAAACAACAUUAUUUCAUUGAUCGAGAUGGGGAAAUUUUCAGAUAUAUAUUAAGCUUCCUAAGGACAUCUAAGCUACUGCUCCCAGAUGACUUUAAGGACUUUAAUCUUUUAUAUGAAGAAGCAAAGUAUUACCAGCUGCAGCCAAUGAUUAAGGAACUUGAGCGAUGGAAACAAGAGAAAGAACAAAGGAAACAUUUCCAGCCUUGUGACUGCUUGGUUGUAAGAGUGACUCCAGAUCUGGGGGAAAGAAUUGCAUUGAGUGGGGAGAAGGCUUUGAUAGAAGAGAUCUUCCCGGAGACGGGGGAUGUCAUGUGCAACUCGGUGAACGCGGGCUGGAACCAGGACCCCACCCACGUUAUCAGGUUUCCCUUGAAUGGAUACUGCCGGCUGAACUCCGUGCAGGUGCUCGAGAGAUUAUUUCAGAAGGGAUUUAACGUGGCAGCUUCCUGUGGUGGUGGGGUGGAUUCCUCCCAGUUCAGCGAGUACGUGCUGUGUCGCGAAGACAGACGAGCGCAGCCCACCCCAACAAUCAGAAUAAAACAGGAGCCCCUGGACUAGACCCUCCCCGUGCCCCCUUUGUAACCGUAGAAGUGUUUAAUAGUCCCUUAUGUGAAACACUAAGGAUUUGCAAAACAGUAUUAGCAAACAGAUUUUGACUUUAUGUUGCCCAUUAGCGGUACUCUGAAACUACCUGUCACAUAGCCAGCCAUGGAAUGCGUUUGGAAAACCAGUUGUCUGUCGUUCACGGUGGAGUUCCUGAGCACACCCAGCAUGGCAGGGCUGGGAUGGACUUUGGGCUGACCAGCAGUGGUGUGGAACAGGCAAAGCUUUGGAAACCCUGGCCCUGGACUGGACUUCUGCAGCAAGAGCCAUGGAAGCAGUGGAACCGCCCAGCAGGAGCCCAGGGACAGCCCAGAGCUGCGCUGCGGGGACGGGGGCGUCUGCGGGAGGAAGAACCCCAAAAACUGCACUGAGAACCUUCCCUGACUGCUGCCCCUCCUCCAUAUCAGGCGUGCUUCACACCCCCAGCAUCACAGUCACCUGGUGAUUGUACCCACCCACAUGAGCAAAUGGCUUAUUUUUAUACUACAUUUCCAGCUGAGGUCUCUCUCUGUGAACAGGAUUCAGAACCGGGAAAGGACUGAUUCAUAGUCACUGGUGCUCGGUGCUUAAACCCCCCACACAAACCAACCAAAAGACAAGAAAUUAGGCAGGCCCACUUAUGGCAAUAUUUGCAACAGUAGGGAUCUGGAAGCACAAAAUAAAAUGCCAUCCACCAUCACACGAGGGUCACAUACCCCACGAGGAGCUGUAGCUCUUUUAAAGCCAAUCUUGUUUUUACAGCAGCUGUUAAGUUUUGCAUCAUCGAAGAAGCGUGGUUCUACCAAACAAGCCACCCCUUGUUAAUCAUUUACUAACCAUGUUAGAAGCCCACAUUUAGCAGGAAAGUUUAAGGAUUUUGGACAAGCCCACUCUUUAUGGGUCUGGAAUUCUUGCAGAGUUGUUAAAACCCUGUAUUGCCAUUGUCAGAUGAAAGCAGGACGCCGUCGGUUUAAA